AUUAAUCGUAAACAAACCAAUCUCACCAAGACCAACGUCGUUCCAGCAACACCAACAAACAAGCAAUGAAAGAAGCAAUCGUGCUGUAUCCGUCACCGGCCAUCGGCCACCUCAUCUCCAUGGUGGAGCUCGGCAAGCUCCUCCUCAUCCACCGCCCUUCCCUUUCCAUUCACAUCCUCAUCACCAACCAAGCUUACGACGCCGGCCCCACCACCGCCUACAUCGCCUCCGUCUCCACCACCGUCCCCUCCAUCGCCUUCCACUACUUCCCUGCCACCACCCUCCCCCCGGACUUCUCCACCACCUCCCCGAACCGCGAGACCCUCGCCCUUGAGCUCCUCCGCCUCAACAACCCUAACGUCUACUGCGCCCUCACCUCUAUCACCAAAAACCACAUCGUUCACGGCCUCAUCAUUGACUUCUUCUGCGUCGCUGCUGUCGCAGUCGUGCGUGAGCUCAACAUCCCCUGCUACUACUUCUUCACUAGUGGUGCUGGUUUCCUCAGCUUCUACCUUUACGUCCCAAUUCUUCACGACAAGUUUGCCAAAAGCUUUAAAGACUUUGACGCCCCCAUAGAUGUCCCCGGCACACCUCCAAUACCACCCUCUGACGUUGCGAAACCGUUGCAGGAUCGCUAUGACGAGGCCUACAAGGGCUUCUUGGAUUCGUCCCUGAAGAUGCAGACUUCAGCCGGGAUCAUAGUCAACACCUUCGAGAAGCUCGAGCCAAGAGCGAUACGAGCCAUCAUGGACGGCAAGUGUGUGCCUGGCGGGUCCACUCCUCCGCUUUACUGCAUCGGACCGCUGAUCUCGAGCAGGGAAGGAAACGACGGCGGAUUUCCGGAGUGUCUGACGUGGCUGGACUCGCAGCCGAGAGGGAGCGUCGUGUUCCUGUGCUUCGGGAGCUUGGGCGUGUUCUCGGUGGAACAGCUGAAGGAAAUAGCGACGGGGCUGGAGAGGAGCGGUCAACGGUUCUUGUGGGUGGUCCGUAACCCAACAGAGGACAAGAAACAGAAGGCAGCCACGUUCGCGAUGCCCGACCCACACUUGGGCUCCCUGCUUCCGGAGGGUUUCUUGGAACGUACCAAAGAGAGGGGGCUCGUGGUCAAGAAAUGGGCCCCGCAGGUGGCGGUGCUGAGCCACCCCUCAGUGGGCGGGUUUGUGACUCACUGCGGGUGGAACUCGGUGCUGGAGGCAGUGAGUGCGGGCAUGCCGAUGCUGGCGUGGCCGCUCUAUGCGGAGCAGCGGCACAACAGGGUGUUGCUGGUGAAGGAGAUGAGGAUCGCCCUGCCGGUGGACGAGUCAGAGGGCGGGUUGGUGAGUUCGGAGGAGGUGGAGAAGCGUGUCAGUGAGCUAAUGGAGGGUGAGGAGGGCAAGAUGGUGAGAGAGCGAGCGCUUAACAUGAAGGAAGAAGCUAAGGCUGCUCUAAGCCCCGGCGGGUCGUCUCAGUCGGCGUUGGCCGGACUCAUUGAUUCGUGGAAGCGCGAGUGAAAUGCGCUGGAUUUCGUAGGUCUUCUCGGUCGGCCGUCUGCUGAUGAAUUUUUCUUGUCGUCUUUUGGGUUUUUUUUUUUAGCAAGUCUUUUGGGUUUGAAACAUUCGAGGAUGGCGGAUUGACGUGCGUUACGAACAAUGGUUGAAUAUUAUCUCGUAGCUUGUGCUUUGAUUCUCUCCCAUGCAGACAAAAUCCUUUCUUUUAUGGGUGAAAUAAAAUCUCUCUUCUUGCAAA